GCUCGUAGGAUGAAGGUGGAGAGGAGUUCUCCGGUGCAAGGCUCGCUGGCGGAGCAGGUGGUCCUGCCCUGCCAUUUCUCCAUCAUCCCACCUCCUACCGGCAGCACCAGCACCUCCACCACUGCAGCUGCGGCCAUGGCCUCCAGCACCCACCCGGACCAUCUCCGCAUCAAGUGGACUAAACUCGUGGGCAAUGAGGAAAUCGUAGUGAUAGUGACCCAGAAUGGGUUCCUCAAGAUUGGGCCGGAGUUUAAAGGCAGGGUAUCAGUUCCCAGCCACCCCGAGGACAAGGGCAACGCGUCUCUGUCCAUAGCGAGGCUCAGGGCCAGUGAUGCGGGUGUUUACCGCUGCGAGGUCAUGCACGGCAUUGAAGACACUCAAGAGUCCGUCUCCCUGAACGUCAAUGGUGUUGUGUUUCAUUACCGUGCCAACACCAGUCGCUACACUCUAGAUUUCCAACACGCCAAGCAGGCCUGCACUGAUGUGGACGCAACCAUCGCCACCGCAGAGCAGCUUCAUUCAGCCUACGAGGACGGAUUCGACCAGUGCGAUGCCGGAUGGCUGGCCGACCAAACCGCCAGAUACCCAAUAACAAUGCCACGUGAAGGUUGCCAUGGCGAUAUGAUAAUGAGGCCAGGAGUCAGAUCAUACGGACUCAGAAAUUCCUCCGAAAUGUAUGAUGUGUACUGCUAUGCAGGAAAACUACAGGGCGAGGUGUUUUUCGCUGAUGCUGAGAUGACUCUAGAUGAGGCCAGGGAGGAGUGCGAGAGACGGGAGGCAGUUUUAGCGUCUCCAGGUCACCUGCAUGCAGCCUGGAUGGCCGGCUUGGACCGCUGUGACUUCGGCUGGCUGUCUGACGGCAGCGCUCGCUACCCCAUCACUGUACCCAGAAUGCAGUGCGGCAGAGGACAGCUGGGUGUGAGGACUAUGUACCGCUUCCUCAAUCAGACCGGAUUUCCUUUACCGAGCAAGAAGCUGGGAGCUUUCUGUUUCAAAGGAUGGGAUCCCACAACUGUACCCACAGCUGGACCUACAACACCUCCAGUUCUCUCAGACACCCAUCAAAUCUCUUCUCUUAAAGCAAUCUCUUCUAUGCCAGCCCAUGGCACCACAGAAGAUUUACCAUCCAUGUUCUCUGCGAGCAUGGCUCCACGCGACAAAGGCUCUCCUGAAGUGCAUCCCUCUGCUAAAGCCAUUGUUGUUGUACCAAAUGAAGCUAAGACAAUUUCGGAGAUGGAAACCACAACCACAUUUAAUGACUAUGGCAGCUCUUUGGACAAAGACAGCUCCUUGGUGCAAGGGGUACCCCAUGAUGUUAUGCCCCAUUAUUCAGAUUCCUUCUUAUUUUUCCAGCUACCCCGUCAGCCAGACUCAGAGAACAUGCAUCCUGGGUUGGAUACUCCGCAUGGGGAAUCCAGUGGUGUGGAAGGUACCAGCAGGUCUGACACGGAUACUCCUGAGAGUGUGAUUCCUGCUUCACCUGUGUUUGUUAUAGACUUGCAAGGAGAUCCAGACAAGCCACAAAUUGUGUACAAAGAUAAUAAAACCAGAGCAAACAUGACUGAAGAAAGUCUGGACUUGUCCACUUUGAAAAGCUCACGUUUAAGUGAAGAGAACUUGCAAGGCCAGCAGAAUGAAACCACAAAGGACGUCAACUUUCCAAUGGGCAUCAAUUUGUUUGUAUACAACAUUACGCAGAGAAAUCAAUCAGGUGAUGCUUUUGAUACUGUGGGAGUUGAUGCUAUUCUGAAAUUCCUUGGAGUACCAGGGCUCUCUAGUCCACUUCUAACAUCUGUUGAAAGUGAGCCACCUUUGGGCAGUGGAGACAUUUCAGGUGAAACAUAUCCAUCAGCUUCUGUUACCAUCACCCCAAAAGUGAGUUUCAUUAACGGAAAGCACGAGCUGACUCUGAAACCGGACACUGACCAAACUCAGGAGGCUAGAGGAGACCAGUUUGACACUGCUAUCCCACCAACAGAAGAAACCAUCCCUGAUGAUAUGAUAGAAAUACUUACAGAGGAGGCUGAAGGCACCACAUCUUCCCCUGAGACAGAUGAAUCUGACUCACUGACCAGAAGCCCAAUUGAGCCCCAUUUCACAACAAAGAGCCUGGAAAGUAUAACCACGACAGAGUUGCCCACAUUUGCAACCAAAUCCUCAAGCCAGGAGAUGACCCCACAAGCCAUAUCAUUUAGCAUGCACAAAGAAGGUUCAGGGAUGGACACAACAGAUGAUGAAGAGGAAUUGACCCCCUUGGAAGGUUCUGCGGAUGACACACUUCCAACAACUAAUGACCUAUAUGUGGUGGCUACCGACGAGACUGAAAUAGCUGAAACAGAGAAGACUACACUGGCAUUUGGGGUGGACUGCAGUACCAAAGGACCAAUUGUUACAACUCCAGAAUCCAGCACUGUCGAAAUUAAGAGAACCGAGAACAGAGAAACGAAACCAGAAACAGAAGAUUUUGAGGGCUCAACCUCCACUGAAGACGAGGGCUCGGGGGAAGAUAUAUAUGCAACAGAAGAAUCAACAGAAUCAAAACAACCAACUUUAUCUCCAUCUUUCACUGUUUCAUCUCACAGCUUUACAAGUUCCUUAACAACUACUCAUCCCAAAGAGCCUAGGCAACCUGUUAGUUUGGCUUUGCCCAGUGCAGAUCCUACGAUGCAGGUGGUUUCAACUUUUCAAACAGAGGCAAUCCCAGAAGAAAGCACUCCUUACAUUACACACUCUGAGAAAGACCAAAACAGAAGUACAGCUAAGAGUCCUUUAUUGGUGCCCGAGAUUGAAAAAGACGUAAGUGCAAUCUUCACCAUCUCUGAGGACAUCGGCUCUGGUGAUCAGCCAACUGAAGCAUUCUCUAAACAACCUUUCACUGCAACUAAUGUUCUAUCUCUUCUCAUUAAACAAACUGAAGAAAUGAGUGUUGAGGCACAUGAUGAAACAACUAAAGUAUUUGAAGGUUCUGCAGAAGACACAACACCACUGAUUUUCACUAGUGUCCAAACUCAAACAAAAUUCACAACCCAAAGUUCAGAGACCACCAUUCUGCUCACUGAUAGUCUUAGAGCAGUAAUGUCUCGCUCCCAAGAAACUGCUCUAAUCCAAAAAUCACCAUCAGAAGAGACAACCACAUCAGUGCAGUCAUCAGAGACUUCAGGCUCCCAAGAAACCGUUCUAAUCCAAAAAUCACCAUCAGAAGAGACAACCACCUCAGUGCAGUCAUCAGAGACUUCACGCUCCCAAGAAACUGCUCUAAUCCAAAAAUCACCAUCAGAAGAGACAACCAUUUCAGUGCAGUCAUCAGAGACUUCAAAGGAGACAACGCAAGAAAUAUCACUUUCUACAUUUGGAUUCCCAACUGAGAAGCCUCUCACCUCAUUUAGCCAAGUUUCCAGUUAUCCCACCACCAAUGUUGUUACCAACUUAAAUGUGAAAGAGCCAGUUCAGGUCUUGGAUAGGGGAACUACUUCUGCUACAGAAGACGUUUUCACCUCCCCCAAAGCCACAAGUACUGUGAUAUUUGAAGAGAAUGUUGUAGAUUUUGAAGAUGUGGCGGGUCCCUCAAUUGUUCAAAGACAACCAUCAUCCAGAGAAGAGUUCACCGCAAGAAAACCAGAAGUCUGGACAGAUUCCAGCUACACUGUUGAGAGCCAUAUGGAGGUUUUGCAAGGUCUCACACUUUGCUCUGUCAGUGUGUGUGAAAAUGGCGGAACUUGCUAUUCUAAUGGAAAAGGAAACAUAUGUGUCUGCAUGCCUGGAUUCAGUGGGGAACAUUGUGAAAAUGAAAUUGACGAAUGCCAGUCAAACCCUUGUCGCAAUGGUGGUACAUGCAUUGACGGGUUAAACGCUUUCAGUUGUGUCUGUCUGCCCAGCUAUUCAGGAGCCCUCUGUGAGCAAGAUAAGGAGGUUUGUGACUUUGGCUGGCACAAGUUUCAGAGCCACUGCUAUAAGUACUUCACACACCGGCGGACAUGGGAAGCAGCGGAAAGAGAGUGUCGUCUGCAGGGUGGUCACCUCACCAGCGUCCUGUCCCAUGAAGAGCAGCUCUUUGUUAAUCGUUUGGGGCAUGACUAUCAGUGGAUCGGACUGAAUGAUAAAAUGUUUGACAGUGAUUUCCGCUGGACUGAUGGACACCCAAUGCAAUUUGAGAACUGGAGAGUGGGUCAGCCGGACAGCUUCUUCUCCACAGGCGAGGACUGCGUGGUGAUGAUCUGGCAUGAGAGCGGCCAGUGGAACGACGUGCCGUGCAAUUACCACCUGACCUUCACCUGCAAGAAGGGCACUGUGUCCUGCGGUCAGCCUCCUGUCAUAAAGGAUGCCCAAAUCUAUGGCAGCAUGAAGCCGCGCUAUGAGAUCAACUCUCUGGUCAGGUACCACUGCAAGGACGGCUUCAUCCAAAGACACGUUCCCACUAUCAGAUGCCGAGAAGACGGCCACUGGGACAAGCCCAAAAUCACAUGCUUGAAUCCAUCUACCUACCAGAUUUAUGCACACAAAUAUCAAAACAACAACUAUAACAACAACAGUAAGAGACGCUACAGUGAGUCGACGCAGUACCGUCAUCGCUGGUCAAAGACAGCAGAUGAUUCCACACACUGAUCUCCAUGUCCAGAGCUACAGAUGCUUCACAUCUACAGAGAAAGUCUUUUGUCUAAAGGGCCUAAGCAAACCAUGUGCCUGAUGAAUGUUUUAGAGCCGAGAAGUGAAUUAUUACCCUGAGGGACUGCAAAAAACACCAUCACCCACCCACUGAGAGUGUACUUUGACUAUGCAACAGUCUACAUUGCAUAUUGUAAUAAUGUCUUAAUGUUUUGACAUGGGGAUGGGGGGUUUCUGGUUGAAAUGUAUAUAGUAGAGAUAAUGAACAAGUAAAAAGAGCUGUGAAAGGUGACUGUUAUUUUUUUAUUCAUCCGUAACUUUUGCUUACGAAGAACUGGACUUCCUGUUCUCUCUGGCUUAAUAAGAGAGCACUAUGGUACGAGCAGAAUAUAAACAGAACAGUUACAGUACUCAAGAGUAAAAGAACAAUAGGCAUUAUUUUGUUUCACAUUGUGGUGAGGGGGGUUCAAAAGGGAUGUCGCGGGGCUGGAGGACAAACAAUGCUGAAAGGACUGCAACUCAUGACUGGAAAACAAAUCUUCAACAUCGUCUUCCUCUGCAGCAUCCUCACUAGUUGUGAGGAUUACUCCGAUAACCAUUGUAGGCUACACUCUCAUAAUGAUAUUCUCAUAUGGCAUCAAAAUACAUAUUUUCGACGUUUUUUAAUUUUAAUU